AUGUCCGAGUACACAAUCCAGCUGCCCAACGGAUGCCUUUCCCUUUGGUAUCAUGAGUUCUCAGCCUCAGCUCCGCAGACUGGUCCUAAGGAGCCAGCAAGUGAGCAGAAGCUCGCGACUCAAGACCCCGAAUCAUCAGAAGUCCCAGAGGGAAUCUCUGUGAUCUUUGGAAGGGGCUUCACCGCCGGUAAAAAGGAAAUGUGGGAGGCAACCUUCCAAGAAUUGAUCCAAGAAGAUGAGUGGAAGAGCACUGGUCUCACCGACCUGAUGAACCCGCGCUACGACGAGUUUUCAUUCUUGCCUCCCUCCGAGGGAAAGGUUUCCAGAGAGGGUUUGGAGAAAGCCAUCUCCAUUCUUUCAGGACGUGGCUUCAUGCCGUUUGCGCUUGAGGCCGAUACGGGAAAGUCCCAGUAUACCUUCCGCGGUUAG